CAUAAUAUAUUCUUAAAAAAACUCCAAAGUAUAAUCUAAUUAUCUCAAGGGAGAUUAUGGUGCAAAAAUCAUAAUUUGUAAAAAAAAUCAAAACAAAGUGCAAAAAAACUCCAAAAUGCCUUACUACCUCCAAAAUAUCUAGGAUGCAAAAAAAAUUCACUGCACACUGCCACUGCCCACAAAUUAAACCCAAAGUACCUAAGGUGCAUAAAACUCCAUAGUAUCAAAGCCCUUAGUUACUGCCUCCCCCAACCUGCCACGCCGCCGCCCGCCGGCCACCUCCUCCAGUCGGCGAGUCUUCCGGUGUCUUCCCGCACGCCGCCGCAAACAAAAUAGAGAAUAAUUUGCCCAAUUCUUCGAACUGCGCGAGGAGGCUAGACAAAAAGGGUUUAAAGUCACCGACAAGGAAAUAUGGUACUGCGCUAGUCGAGGGCCAUAAUGCAAAGAACCGCGUCCCUGGAGUUGGUGACUACGAGCGUGAAAUGAGGAAGAUAAAUCCGUCCUCCAAACCUUGCCAUUCCAGCACGAGUAGCAGCAGCACAACGGAGAUGGCAGCACUUAAAGAGCAAAACCAAAGGUUGCAGAAACAAAUUGAUAAUCUAACCUCGAGCUUGUCGCUGACGAUUCAGGAGGAGAUAAGGAAGUUAUAUGGUGAGCAAAUAUACUCCCUCCCUGGACAACCUAAGAAUGUUACAUCAAAACAGUACUCUGGUUACAUAGUAUCAGAUGAUUCAUAUGGAAGAUACACAUUCUACUACUUUGUGGAGGCGCAAUCAAAACGUUCAUCCACCCUCGUCCCUCUUACACUUUGGCUUGGUGGAGCUCAUGGUUGUUCUUCCGUUGGCAAUGCUUUGUUCACUGAAAAUGGUCCAUUUAGGCCAAGAAAAGAUGGAAAACUUAUAAGAAACGCUUAUUCUUGGAACUUAGAGUCAAACAUGCUAUAUGUAGACUCUCCAAUUGGAACCGGUUUUUCAUUCUCUAACACACCUUCGGACUAUACGAGAUGGAAUCUUACCAUGACAGGGUUGCAAACAUAUCAUGCACACCCUUGGAGAAGCAGUUCGAACAAGGAUUUAGUGAAAGGCUAUUACACAGAUGUGGACCUAGAGACGUAGGAGAUUUUCCUCGAAACUGCGUAAAUAAAUAUGGUGCAUUGUU